AGUGUAUAUAUUGUAACACGGAGUCACGAUUUUAGAACAAAAUAAAAUUCUCAGCUUCAAAGCAACUUGACGAACUGAGUGCAAGAGAGCAGAAAUGAGAGCACAGAUUCAGAAAGCCCCAGCGCAGAUCCUUGAGGUGCUGAAGAAGAAGUCUGUCGGGCUGCAACACUGUAAACCAACAUCCUCGGUGUGUGUGCUGGACUCCAAAGAUGCUUUGCCCUGCCCUGGACACACUUUCCAGUCCAUCCCAGGCCCAACAAGCUGGCCCCUGGUGGGGAACCUCAUUGACAUCAUACGGAGAGGCGGCUUACAGAAACAGCACCAGACUGUGAUGGAUUACCAUAAGAAAUUUGGCAAAAUCUUUCGUAUGAAAAUGGGCUCAUUCGAAUCAGUGAACAUUGGAGCGCCUUGCUUGCUGGAAGCUCUGUAUAGGAAAGAGGGUAACUAUCCCCAGAGACUGGAAAUUAAACCAUGGAAGGCAUACAGAGAUCUGCGAGAUGAGGCUUACGGACUUCUCAUCUUGGAAGGAAAGGACUGGCAAAGAGUAAGAAGCACUUUUCAGCAUAAAUUCAUGAAACCAAAUGAAGUCGUGAAACUCGAUGGGAAAAUUAAUGAGGUUUUAGCCGAUUUCCUUAAUAGGAUUGGAGAGGUUAAUAUGGACGGGAAGAUCAACGACUUGUAUUUCGAAUUGAACAAGUGGUCCUUUGAAACAAUUUGCUAUGUGCUCUAUGACAAACGAUUUGGGAUUUUGAAAGAAAACGCUGAUGAAGAGGCAACUGACUUUAUCACAGCGAUAAAAACGAUGAUGAACAUGUUUGGCAAGAUGAUGGUGACUCCAGUUAGUCUUCACAAGAGCCUGAACACAAAGACAUGGCAAAACCACACGGCUGCUUGGGACUGUAUUUUUAAUACAGCAAAAAUCUACAUUGACAAGAAGUUGAAGAGUGGAGAUACCCAUGGUUUCCUUAGUGAUAUCUACCAUAACUGUCCACUUACCAAGAAGGAGCUGUAUGCAGCAAUAACCGAACUCCAGAUUGGGGGUGUGGAAACAACGGCCAACAGUGCACUAUGGGCCAUUUUCAAUCUCUCACGAAACCCCCAUGCUCAGGACAAGUUGUUAAAGGAGAUCAGAGAUGUUGUACCUGCUGGACAGGUUCCAUGUGCUGAGCAUAUUAAAAACAUGCCAUAUCUCAAGGCAUGUCUGAAGGAGUCCAUGAGACUUUCACCCUCCAUCCCCUUUACAAGCCGAACUUUGGACAGAGACACCUUGCUUGGGGAAUACAGUUUACCUAAAGGGACAGUUUUGAUGAUCAACAGCCAAGCACUUGGGUCUAAUGAGGAGUACUUUGACAAUGGGAAGCAGUUCAUGCCAGAAAGGUGGCUCGAGAACAAAAACUCUAUCAACCCAUUUGCUCACGUACCUUUUGGCAUAGGCAAAAGGAUGUGCAUUGGCCGGCGCCUGGCUGAGCUACAGAUACAGCUCGCUCUGUGCUGGUUAAUUCGUGAUUAUAAGAUUGCAGCAACAGAUUAUGAGCCAGUGGAAGCUGUACAUACUGGAACACUUGUGCCCAACCGAGAGCUUCCCGUGGCUUUCAUUCAUCGAUAAGACUUCUUCAUUACUGUGUGGAAACUGAUAACUCCAUAGCCUUUAACCAGAAGUAUUCAGAAGGCCUGGUUUUGCUGCUACUCUGCUGCUAAACAUCAGAAUGUAUUGCUCUGAUUAUUACUUAAGUUAUAAUUGAGGUAAUAAUGAAUCUUUAACUUACAUUGUAAGUGAUUAGUAUUGUACAUACAGUGUGUUCUAUGUAAAGUAAUAUUCUACCAUUAUAGUUUUCACUACCAUCAGUUUUAAUGAGCAAAUCUAUUCACUAUAAAAUCAAUGUCAUUUUGCUGCUGACAUUAUACGUAUAACUACUUACGAAAUGAGCAAAUCUAUUCACUAUAAAAUCAAUGUCAUUUUGCUGCUGACAUUAUACGUAUAACUACUUACGAAAUAAUUAUUUUGUAACCUAAAAUUUUAAAUAACAUUUUCUGUACACCAAAAUGUACCAUAGUCUUAGAUCAUGUGUAAAUGUAAAACUUGAAGUGUUUGCAAAAUGUUGAUCUUAUAUUAUGUUGUGUGUGUGUAUAUAUAUAUAUAUAUAUUAUAUAUUAUAUUAUAUAUAAA